UGAGCUUUGCGAAAUGGAAGAGCAACGAAACGGCAUGAGCAAGAGCCACGACCAGGCCGAAAGCGAGAGCGCUUCGUCGUCUUCAUCUUCCAGCUCUCACCCAUGUCCAAUCUGUCUGUCCCCCACUCCACAGCUCCAGGAAUCCUACUUAGAUCGCUGUUUCCGUACGUCUCUCCCUCUCUCUGAUCUAUGGUUUCCCUUUUCUAUCGUCGAUUGCAAAUGGGUAUGCCUCCAGUCCCUCAACCCGACCAAAAAGCUGCGAACUUUGCAGAGAAACAGCUUGCCCUUUUUCUGCUUUCGCUUGGUCCCUCUAUCAGUCUGCUAUAAAUUCUGCUACAAAUGCAUUGUGCAGUGGACUAAAGUGGUUGCCAGCAAGCACUCUGAAGCUCCAAGUUCUUUAAUGUGUCCCUUUUGUAAGACUGAAAACUUUUCGAUUAUCCAUGGAUAUGAUGGAAGUUCUUUUGAACGGCAUUAUGUUAGUCAAAUAUUUUCUGAUAGUGUUUUCUUCACAGAAGCGCAUAGGUAUAGGCUACGCUGCUAUUAUAUCGAACCAGGUAUCUUAAGCGAUGCAUUCGAUAUAAAGCGGUUUUGGAAGUCUCGGAAAUAUCUUCAGUCAAAUCCGUGGCUUUAUAGUUGGUUGAAGAGGGAAAUUCAAGCUCUAAUGCAGGAAGAAGAUGUCGAUGUAGUGGUGCACCAUGUGCUUGGUACAAUUGAGUCAUCGUUGAGAAGGGAUGACCGAAGGAAGCUGAAGGCACCUGAAGAGAUUCAAAGGGAGUUCAAAAUGCUCUCAUGUGAUGCCGCGAGGCCCUUCCUAACGGGACGAACAGCCAGAUUCGCGGAUGAAGCGGAACUAUUUCUCGCAUCGGGCUUGAACCUGGAAGCCUAUGAUGACGUUUGUAUGCGACGCCUUGGUUGGAAGAAACCCGGAACCGAAUCUCUCGAGGAACCAACUAACAAUAACGCAGCCAUUCUGCAGUCAUUGUUCAUUUUUUACGAGCACUCGGAUGGAACUGAGUGAAUCUUCGCUUUGCCUGGGCCAAGUUACUCAUCUGCACUGCUGCAUUUUAGGUUGGCUGUUCCCAUGAUAGCAAUGGGUAUGUCAGGAUCCUAAGGCUAAGAGUGCUUGAUUCCACCUUUUCUUUUGUCUAUAUCUUCUAUUGAGAUGAUAUUAAGGAGCAAACGUAAGUAUAAGUUCUGGAUCGGUCCUCAGAGUAUGCACAAAUGUUCUUCCCACUCUUGUUAUUAGAAAAAUUGUCCAAAAAAUUUGAUCAAUUCAUUCUUAAUUCUUCUUAA